AUGCUCUUUCCAGCAAAUGCUUGUUCAGUCUUUAGAAGAAUGCACCAAGUAAGUAAGAUGCUAAAAAUUUACAAAAUGCAGGAUGUCUCCCUUGUGUCGCACGUCUGCAGGCUACCGGAGGCUCAGCAGCGGGUCGGAGGGUGCUUUUUAAAUCUGAUGCCGCAAAUGAAAACCUUGUACCUUGCGUAUUGUGCCAACCAUCCAUCUGCAGUGAACGUCCUCACGGAGCACAGUGAGCAGCUGGGCGAGUUCAUGGAGAGCAGAGGCGCCAGCAGCCCGGGGAUCCUGGUGCUCACCACCGGCCUCAGCAGACCCUUCAUGCGCCUGGACAAGUACCCCACGCUGCUCAAGGAGCUGGAGAGACACAUGGAGGAUUAUCAUCCAGAUAGACAAGAUAUUCAGAAAUCCAUGACGGCCUUCAAAAAUCUCUCGGCCCAGUGUCAGGAAGUACGGAAGAGGAAGGAACUGGAGUUGCAGAUUCUGACGGAGGCCAUCCGGAGCUGGGAGGGAGACGACAUUUCGACCCUGGGCAGUGUUGUGUACAUGUCUCAGGUCAUGGUUCAGUGCGCCGGGAGUGAGGAAAAGAACGAGAGAUACCUUCUGCUCUUCCCAAAUAUUUUGCUAAUGUUGUCUGCCAGUCCUAGGAUGAGUGGUUUUAUCUAUCAGGGAAAGCUACCAACGACAGGAAUGACAAUCACAAAGCUUGAGGACAGUGAAAAUCAUAGAAAUGCAUUUGAAAUAUCAGGGAGCAUGAUCGAGCGCAUCUUGGUGUCCUGCAGCAGCCAGCAGGACCUGCACGAGUGGGUGGACCACCUGCAGAAGCAGACGAAGGUCACGUCCGUCGGCAACCCCACCAUCAAGCCGCAUUCCGUGCCGUCUCACACCCUCCCCUCGCAUCCGAUCGCUCCGUCCAGCAAACACGCGGACAGCAAGCCGGUGCCCCUGACGCCUGCCUACCACACGCUGCCCCACCCCUCCCACCAUGGCACCCCACACACCACCAUCAACUGGGGGCCCCUGGAGCCUCCAAAGACCCCCAAGCCGUGGAGCCUGAGCUGCCUGCGACCUGCACCUCCCCUGCGGCCUUCGGCUGCUCUCUGCUACAAGGAGGAUCUUAGUAAGAGUCCCAAGACCAUGAAAAAGUUGUUACCUAAGCGCAAGCCUGAGCGGAAGCCUUCAGAUGAAGAGUUUGCGCUGCGGAAAAGCACAGCUGCUUUGGAAGAAGACGCGCAGAUUCUGAAGGUCAUCGAAGCGUACUGCACCAGCGCCAAAACGCGGCAGACACUCAACUCAACAUGGCAAGGCACUGACCUGAUGCAUAAUCACGUGUUGGCUGACGACGACCAGUCAAGUCUAGACUCCUUGGGUCGUCGCAGUAGCCUUUCCCGUCUGGAGCCUUCAGACCUCUCGGAAGACUCUGACUAUGACAGUAUAUGGACAGCCCAUAGUUACAGAACGGGUUCGACCUCUCGUAAGAGCUGUUGCUCAUCUAUCUCCCACCAGAACUAAUGCACUUCUGAGCUUUUCUUAACAAAUGCUUGUUGUAUCGCAGCCUGCUUUUCUUAGAUGUUUUCUUGCUGUUCCUUGUCUUUUAUGUGAUAUUUUAACAACUUUGGAGAGCGUUGCUGAUAUUUCCCAUUGUACUGUGUGGAGGCCCACUUGCCAGUUCGACUGUCCGAGCUGCCGAGGUGGAAGGAGACGGUGCGCUCACGGGGCCGCGCCCGAGGGUCCUUUCCUCCGCAGGUGGCGGCGGCUCUCCAGCUCUAAGUGGUCUGGGUUCCUGUUCUCAGUGUAGCCCCUGUCUCAUUGCUUUUUGGAUACCCCUGUGUGAACACUUUUCUAUUUUAUAUGAGACCAUACAGGUUUGUGGUCUGAGUGGCAGCACCGCAGAGGGGACUCUGGCCUUAUGUAGGGAUCCCCACAUUUCGUGUGUGAUGGACCCACCGAUGAGCCGGUGGUGGAGAGAGGUGGAGGAGACUGAGAGGGCGCAGAGCGGUUCCGACAGCUGUGCUCUGAGCGCUCCUCAGGGUGGUUGGUGGCCACGCGGAGCUGUGGGGGGUGGUGUGUGGCCAGUGUGGGCCCCGGGCCAUGGCGGGAGCAGGGAAGAGCCGGCUCUGGCUCAUCAGGGUGCCACAGAAGGCCGUCCCGUGCCCCCGUUUCCCCUCGGGAGGGGGUUAGUUUUCCGAGGGCCGGGUUACUGUCAGAGCUCAGACCCUCCCCACACCGUCACGCCCAGCUCUCUUGAUUUGGAGCCGUGGCUCUUAAGUGGCCCUUAGCAGGCCCAUGCCACUGCGCUGAAGAGUCAGUCCAAACGCAGAAGCACUCAGCCUCUGAAGGUGUAUGUGCGACCCAGUUCGGAGCCAGGUGAGUGCUUGGCUCCACGCCCAGCCUGGCUGCGCCCCAGCACCCCCGUCACGCUGCCUGCGAGGGACCUGUGGUUUGUUUUCAGCAGCUAGCUGCCAUGAAACUCCGUUUACAGCAACCCAUCCUCCGUGACCCUUGUUCCUGAUUGUCACGGGGACACCUGAGUCCAUUGAAGACUUCACUUGCCGUGUCACUCACUCACGAGAAAAUGUCCGAUUUUGGGGGGGGGCCCCCCCCCGCCUGGGAUUUGUUGUAAGGGGAUUUCACUGGCCUGUCUGACGAGUUUCUGCUUCGGAAGGAACUGAAUGUGACCGGUUGCAUUCAGUUGUAGCACCCAGAUCCGCGUCUGGCCAUCGUUCUCUCCCAUGCAUGCCGUACUUGGUGUUCGGAUGGAACGUCAAGGCUGUGCUUUAAGUAUUCAUCGAGACCAGCUUCCGAAAACAAGAUGCCGUAGUAAAUUGGGAAUAACCUGUUUUCCUCUCCUCAGGGUGGCUGUAGUUCCAGGCGGCUGUGAUUUCGCCCCUCCCCAGCCCUCAGCGAACCCCCGUAUUCAGGGCGUGGGCUUGUUUGCGCCAUGCCGUGGUUGGCCGGGCGCCGGGGAACCCCGGCAGUGGCGGGUCGCCCGGAGAGUUGGCCGCCUUCAGUACUGCCUGCGUGAGGUCAGGAGGAGAGCCAGGAAUGCCACAUAGGUCUCUGUUCCCAGACAGGUAGUGGCUGCUCGUGCCGUCUGGACAUUUCAAUUUUUACAUCAGUUAGCGUGAAUAAGGAAGUCGAGCAGCAGUCCUACCAGUGUUCACCCACGGUGGAGAUGGGUUACGUGUGUUCAGCCAAAUAGUAAGUGGAAGUUUGGGAGAAGGAGGACUACGAAGUUGAUACUGUGAACUCAGAAGCACUUGUUUUCUCUUGUACACGUACAGUAGUCACUGUUCCGGACUCCGUCAGUAGAACGUCUGUCUGUCUGCUUGGAGGCUGUCGUUGGCGCCUUGGCGUAGCUGCCUUUGCCAGCCUCGGCUUGGGGGCCGUGUUGCGCGCUGUGUGCGCCCAUUGCCACGAUACUUUGUCACCAAGUGUCGUUUGGGUGGUCUUCUGGAGACCUUUCGUGUCCCGUCCACUGCGGUGUGACACCAUCCCGCCAGUCCUUCAGGGCCGGCCAUGGCACGUGCACAGUGAUCGUGCCGAUUCUGGGACCGCCGCACUGCAGCACGCUGGCUUCUGCUCAGUCGGGCUUGUUUCGAAUACCCCAGUCGCUGUUGUGACCUGGUUGGAAGUGUUAGUGCCACGCCUCAAGGUGGUCCCUGGGGGGCAGUGAGGACGUGGCCCCCGAGGGCGGGGACCCUCCAUCUCUGGAGCUCCAGUCACGUUGAAAUGGUGUCUGGUUGGGGCAGCUCCAUCCUGGCCGCGUGCGCGGUUAGUGUCAUAGUGUGCGGGUGCAGACCCUGAACCCCAAGGUAGGUGGAAGCUGGCCCGGGCCUUCCAUGGAGGCCUACAUGAUGUUGACCUUGAAUUUACCCUUGCCACAGUUUAUAAGCUAUAUUAAUUAUGUGUUUUGCGUAAAAUUGCCAAAACACAGUAACAUGUAUAUAGUGGUAUAAGACCUU